AUGCCUACCAUUGGAGUGGAUAAGGCUGACCUUUUUGAGUUAUUGGGUAAGGAGUACACCACCGAGGAAUUUGAUGAAUUAUGCUUUGACUUUGGUAUUGAAUUAGAUGAAGAUACUACUGAAGAAUGUCAAGGAGAUGAAAGACCUCAAUUAAAGAUUGAAAUUCCUGCAAACAGAUACGAUAUGUUAUGUAUUGAAGGGAUUGCUCAAGCUUUAAAUGAGUUUUUGGGUAACACCAAGCCUCCAGUUUAUACAUUAAAACCUUCUACUCCUGAAGUUACCUUGACGAUUAAGGAAUCAACAGCUCAAGUCAGACCUUAUGCUGCUGGAGCCAUUUUGAGAAACGUUAAAUUUGACCAAAGACGUUACGACUCAUUCAUUGCAUUACAAGAUAAAUUGCAUUCCAAUUUAUGUCGUAACAGAACAUUAGUGGCUGUGGGUACUCAUGAUUUAGAUACUUUGACUCCACCUUUCACUUAUGAAGCAUUAAAGCCUACUGAUAUCAAGUUUGCUCCAUUAAACCAAAGCAAAGUCAUGGAUGCUAGUGAGAUGAUGGAAUUUUAUGAACAUGAUAAGCAUUUGGGUAGAUAUUUACACAUCAUUAAAGAUCUGCCAGUCUAUCCCGUGAUUCUUGAUUCCAAGAGAACUGUUGGUUCCAUGCCUCCAAUCAUUAAUUCUGACCAUUCCAAGAUUACUUUAAACACAAGGAAUGUUUUCAUUGAUGUCACUGGUACUGACAAAACCAAGACUGAAAUUGUGGUUAAUCAAAUUGUUGCCAUGUUUUCUCGUUAUUGUGAAACUCCAUUUGAAAUUGAACCAGUUAAGGUGAUUUCUGAACAUAAUGAAGAAACCCGUGUAGUCCCCAACAUUGAACCAAGAGUUGCUCCAGCUGAAAUUUCUUAUAUCAAUUCCUGUUUAGGCUUAGAAUAUUCUGGUGAAGAAAUUGCUGAUUUAUUGAAGAAGAUGUCUUUGAGCGCAGAACCUUCAACCAGUGAAAAGGAUAUUUUAAAUGUUAAGAUCCCCAUCACCAGACCAGAUAUCUUACAUCAAUGUGAUAUUAUGGAAGACGCAGCUAUUGGAUAUGGUUACAACAAUUUAAAGAAGACCAAACCUAAAGGUGAUUCCUUAGUUGCUGCUCCAUUACCAAUCAAUAAAGUUGCUGAUAUAUUAAGAUAUGCGUCUGCUCAAUCUGGAUACUUGGAAGUUUUACCCUUGACUUUAUGUUCACACGAUGAAAACUUCAAAUUCUUAAGAGUUGAAGAUGAUGGCACCACUGCUGUUAAGUUGGAGAACCCUAAAACCAUUGAAUAUCAAGUGGUUAGAACCUCGCUUUUACCCGGAAUUUUGAAGACCAUUAAAGAAAAUAGAAAACAUUCAUUACCCAUCAAAGUCUUUGAAGCUGGAGAUAUUGUCUUAAAGGAUCCCAAGUUAGAAAGAGGAGCUUUCAACCAAAGAAAUUGGUGUGCUAUUUAUACUGGUAAGAAUUCUGGAUUUGAGUAUGUUCAAGGUUUAUUGGGUAAGAUUAUGCAAACAUUAAGAACCCCUUGGUUAGAGAAUCCCGAAUCAGAUACUAGAAGAGGUUAUUGGAUUGAAGAAGAUGAAAAGAAUACUACUUAUUUCCCUGGUAGAGGAGGGUCUGUUAUUUUCAGAGUUCAAGAAGGUGAAGAAGGUAAACGUAUUGGUUCUAUCGGGACAUUACAUCCUGAAGUGAUGAGUUCCUUUGAGAUUCCUUAUGCUGCUUCAGCAGUUGAAAUCAAUGCCGAGGUGUUCUUGUAA